AUGUGCCUGCGAAGGGAGCAGGUGGGGGUGGCGGAGGUGGUGGAAGGAGUUCAGUUUGUCAACACAGGAGCCAGGAAGCCGGUUAUUUAUAACGCAGCCGGGCGGCGCUGCCCCCCGUGCGGCGGCGGCUGCGGCGGCGGCAGCGGGAGCCGCGGCCCCGCGAUAAAAGGGAAGGGGCCGGGCGCUGCGCGAUGCGGCGGCACCGGCAGGGAGGGGAGCGGGGAAGGAGCAGGAGGGCUGUGCCGAGAGGAGAGACGCCACCCGGCUGGAUGUCCGUCCGUCCUCCCGGAGGAAUCCCGGGCGGCCCCCCCUUCUCCCUCCCGGCGGGAGGCGGCCGCGCAUCGAGGAGGAGCCGCCGCCGCCGCCUCAUCCUGCGGCACCGGCCGGCGCUGCCAGGAGCCCGGCGAGCGCAGGUGGCAGUGUAGAAGCCAAGAACAAAAAUUGGCAGAAAUUAUGUUCUGUAUACAAGAAAAUGAAGAGAGCGUACUCAUGACUAAGCACAGGAACCUGGAAAACCACAGGAUUCCUAGGAAGCCAUGGAGGAUGGAACAAACUCAGAGCUGGAGCCUGAAGAGUUCUUGGAACUUGUAUAUGGGAAGUUAUCCUGACUUUGGUCAGCUGAUCUGCGGUGACUGGUCAGCCCACCAAGAGGGUACCUCAGCACGCAGGUCAUGUUGGACUAACGCUGUGGAUCGGUCAGCCCAGAACUUGUAGCUGCUCAUCAAUCGCUCAGUAGUCAGUGUAGAUUCUGUCCUUACAAUCAGCAGCUACAUCUGGCUACUGGGUCUCUGAUGACAUCUCGUAUCUUCUAUCUAGACUUUUUGUUGGAUUUUUAUCAUCUCUCCUAGGUGCAGAGCAAGUUCACAGUGCUAACAAGUUAACGUCUGAGGUGUGGCCCCAAGUAAAGGAUUGGAUAUCUCAUGGAUCUACCUCACAGUGGGAAUCAGAUUAAAUACCUGGAUAUUGUGUAUUGGGAAGCAGCAAUGUUUUCCAUAGCCUAUUCUUGGGGCUUGUAGUAGUUGAGCUGAUUGAUAUUUGCAAAUUUGAGCUUUUUUUAAAAAGAGACAAUUUGGACUUCACUGUUCUGAAUGAAGAAUCUUUAACCUACUCUAACCAAAGGACAAGUGUUGAAAAAGGCAUCUUGGCUGAUUGUGUGGCUAUAUAUUAGGGGAAGAAAUGUACUGUGAACUGUGGUGUGCACAGCCGCUGUUUCAUUUGUAUGGGAAGACUGUCCAGGUUUGGGGCAUGAACCUGGCAUACAAUGUAGAUUUCUGUGUUUGUUAAGCAACAGCUACAUUGUCUGCUGGGUUUCCAGCUGCCUGGAAAUACAAAGUGGAGGGUUAUCUACGUUUUGUGUUUUCUUUUGGUCAAGUUGUGUCUCUGUUAAUCUUGUAUGAGGAAAAUAAUGCAAUUGAAGUCCAGUGGCUGCCUAACUUCUUGUUCCAGCUCAAGGGAUCCAGCUGGUGUCAGCUAGAGCUAGUAGCCAGGGUGGGUCUGAAGCUAGUUAGGGAGAAGAUUCCAGGGGACUGAAGUGUUGUAGACACCCAAGUUCAGGUGUCUCUAAAGUGAAAACUAAUGCAUGCUGCAUGCAUAACUAUUAGUUUGCCUUGGUGGUACUUCACUUUUUUUCACUUCAGAGAGCAUUAUAUAUAUAUGUGCUGUACAUGUAGGGAAUCCUUGUUGGAGAAGGAAGUAGUGGGGAGCUCUUCAUAUGUCUGUUUUUUCAAAUGAACAUUACAGGUAGCAUGGUUUAUGCACACAGUAGCAUUGCUUAUACAAAAAGUGCCUAGAAAUAAUUGGGGACGAUUAACAGAAGUCUUGACUGUUGAUACCAGCUGGAUCUCUUGAUUCUUGAGCUGCACCAAAACUAGGAUGAUUCACUUGUGUACUGUAUCCAGCUGUGCAGUGACAAAACAGGCAGCUUGAAUUUGAGAAGAUUGGGCCUGGAAUAGUAGUCCUGUCAUACCUGGACUGCAGUCACAGUAGCAAAUGUGGAAGCUUGUACAGCCUAUGGCUGUACUGCUAACCCUUCAGUGGCAGGCUUGGUGUCACUUUGACUAUGGACAUUGGAAGUGUUAUAAAGGCCACUCAAGCAGCGAAGAAAUGUAUGAUUUGGUUAAAAUUAAGCCCAUCUAUCUGAAUUACUGAUAGGUUGUUAAAGAUCAGCAGACAAUUAGUUUUUCUUAUUUGAAUAGUAAUACUUCAAGAGGCAGAAGGGUUCCAAAGUGAGUGCUUAUACUUAAAAUUGUUUUUUGUUUAAAAACAAAUAAAAAUGAUGGUGGAAAGAACUGUGUCUUUCUAUUCACUGUAUUAAACUAGGUUUCUACUGAGUCUUAUAGGACCUAGGGAACAUAAAGCUGUUAGUAACUAAUGUAGAUGGUCCCUGAAUAUUUUAUCAGCCUAACUUUGCUCAAUAAAUAUUCACCUUUUGCAUUUCUGUUUUAAAUAAAAAUGUACAGACAUUUGCCAACAGACAUUAUUUUUGGCAAAUAGCGAUUUCCCCAUUGAAACAACUGGAUUGUCUAUAUACCUUUGAAAACUGCUUGUCAAGAUUGAACAGGUGUGUCCUCUACUUUACAUGUUUUCUUCAACGCCAAUCUGUUAGCAUCUAGGUCUCUGACACUGUAAAAUUGGUGAGAACUUAGAUCGGUGGUGUUUGUGUUUUUUUUAUUGUACUUUCUCAGUGCUGUUACUGAUUUUUCACUCCAUAUAGCCUCCUAAAUCUUGACAAGCAUAUGCACAAUAUUCAUAAAAUUAGCAAUAAUAUAUUCCUCUCUGCAAUGUUUCUGUGGCUCGUUUAGCUUCAAUAGGGUUAAUAUGUCAGCAGUUUUUAUUGUGUUGCUUUGUUUCUGUGCUUAUUGUUGUUCAGCUCAGCUUUUCAGGAUUCAUGUCAGAAUAAGGUAAUUCUGCCCUAACUGACCAUACAGAAAGCACUGUAUAGCAAUUCAAACACAGAUCACUAAUGCUCAACAUCAAGCCCCCUCUCCUAUUCAGUUUCACUUCCCCACUGUGUUUCAGUUAAACUUAAAAUGUUGAAAUCCCCUUUGUGGGCAGGUACUUCUGGUUCCUCUUUAUUUUUCUGUCAUGCUACUUGCUUUUAUAUGCAGGCACCUUUUAAAACAAAGAAAAACUGCUACCUUAUUCUGAGGUUCUUUAGUUAUUUUCAGUGUCCAUUAUAGCUAAUGGAAGCAUGUAAAAAUGGUUACUCAUUUUACGGUUACUCAUUUUACCAUGCUGUUUGUUUGUUAUAGUUCUUUGUUCCUCCUUCUAUUCUACAUGGAAUCUGGUGGAACUGGCAUGAAUGCUUAUCCCUCCCUCUCUGCAACUGAGGGUACCACUACUACUCCAGAUUAAACUUCUCACAGCAGCUUGAAGUUCUUUUAACUUCAAUGGAAGAAACCAGGUCCUGUGACAUACCACUUCUCAGGCAUUUGGUUUGAGUUUCUAUUUCCAACGGUAAUGUUGGCCAUAUUUGUAUGAUGCUCUUGCACUGUGAUGUUCACAAGUGCAAGGCCUGUAGUCACCACAGGUGUAGACUGACUAGCAUGCCCUCUGUUUCUGAGGGGAGAAUAUGACAUGAAGAGUCCAGAGCUGUCCAUCUCAUUAAAGCAUCUCUGAAGCCAGGUCAGGGCAGUAAAUGGUGAUAAUUACUGGAUUACUCAGCUGUAUCCAAAAGGCAGAGCUUAGAGUUUAGAAUUCAGGGUUGACUUUUUUUCCUGUACAAUUCACUAAGCAGAUAAGAAUUAAGUGUCAGUUGGAUAUCUCACCAGUUUAUUAAGUGCCAGUUGGACUCUCACCUUGUAUUUUCUGCUGCCUCUCAGUUCAUGUAAUACCUUCCCACUGAUAUUUCUUCCUGUCUUGACUUCAUAUCUGUUUAAAUCUUGAUACUAGGAAGAACAAUACUUCUACUUUCUAGCUCCAGAUAACUACUAGGAAAGCUUCACUGCUUACUAUUUCUCUGUUCUGUGAAGAAUACCUUUAAACUCUCGAAGAACUACUUUCUUAGCUAUGCAUGUUCUUUCUGUGCAAAUCAAGAUUCAAAGGACGCACCUAGUAUGACCUUGAUGCACUUAAAAGCAUGUGGUGCCAUACUAAUACAUGGUAGUGACAUAUAUUCUGUAAGGUUCUUCAAAAAAAAAACCAAGACUGAUUAAGCUUCUACUACUGCAGUAACAAAAUCAAAGUAUAGUUUUCUUAUUUAGAAAAAACUUAGUAUGAAAUUGUGCAAUUGACCAGAACCCCCAGCUCCCCUUCUGUGGGGCUGCUCUCCUCUCUUCCCACAGUCUGUACAUAUAGCUGUGAUUGUCCCUCCCCAGGUGCAGAAUCUGGCUCUUGCUCUUGUUAAACCUCAUGUGGUUGGUGACUGUCCAGCUCUCUAAUUUGUAACGAUUUCUCUGCAAGGCCUCUCACUCCUUGGAGUCAACAGCUCCCCUCAAUUUAGCGUCAUCUGCAAACUUACAUAAAGUACCUUCUAGUCCUACAUUCAAGUAAUUUAUGAAAAUGGGGAUUUUACAUUUAUGAAAAUAGGAAGGCACGGAGUUGUAGAGCAAUCUCUUGGAAACCCUCUAGCAACCACCUUUUUCUUUUCUUCAGCCUGAGGAAGUACUUUUCCAGUGGCGUAGAUAUCACUGGGAUUCCUCACCAGGCGUAUUGUCUUAACAAUAUAUGUACUCCAGUGGAAGCUUAAGGAAGAUGAGAAAACUGCUCUUAAGUUUAAGAAAACGGCACACAGUUGCAUGGCUAGUAUGAUGUUUGCUGUCCAUGUAUACAGUAGUGAGUUUCAUUUCAAAAGGCUCUGCAGCAUGGUUGCUGCUCCUACCUAUUAAACAACUUUAUCCUUUUAAGUUAGUAUUUUUUCUAGCUACUCCUAAAGUUUUGUUCUGUAGGUUGCUAAGUAACACCCGCACACACUAAAUCUUCCAUUUACUUUGCCACUCUUCCAUGCAAAACACCUUUCCAAAAUUAGUGUCUGUCAAGCUCCUGAAUGGUAGUGGUGCUGUAAUUCAAGUCAAUCAUGUUGCCUGCAGUAGGUGUUAAUUCUCCUGUCUGAAGGCAUUUGCAGAAUCACUAAUAUGGUGAAUCUCUCUCUUAGCUACAAGAAAGCAGCAUCUUCUGAAACACUUAAACACUAAUUCUGGAAAGAGAAGUAAAUUGCAAGGUAGAAGUAAAUUGCACCUAUAACACUUUUUUCAUCAUGGUGAUGCCUCUUUUUAAAGCUUUGAUUUGUUUAAAAUGUAGAGAGGUGGGUUGAAUGACUAGGUAGGGCAGUUUUCCUAUGCCCCAGGGCUGGCCAACCAGUGCCUGAAUGGGCAUAGAUGCUGAGGCUUAUAGGGAGUAUAGGGAGUGGGGAGAUGCAAGGGAACAGGUUGAUGAAGAGUAGUUAUGAGAAACUUUCAAUUUCUUUAGAUCCUUUCUAUGGUAAAAGGGAUCUAUUCCUUCCCUUACACAUCUCAGGAAAUUCAAUAUACUGUUCAGCUUGAUGUAUUUGCUAUAUGAGGCAGUUUGGGUAUUUUCCUUCCUUGGUACACCUAUACUUGUUCCCUAGUUGUUCAUAUAGAAUAGAUAGAUGAGCUGUACCUAUUUUUGGAACAGUAUCAAAAGUUGAACUGGAUGACAUCUCUGCUGAGACCAGGAGUUGCUGUUACUUUCCUUGACUUUCCUUGAGUGUGUCUUCUCUGUUCCAUGAAGAUCACUUGGGUGAUACAAGCAUAAAGAAGCCUAUCUUGUAGGAUUGCAUAGAGCACUGAGAUAACUGCAUAAUUGCAUUCUUUUCAAAAUGUCCACGUAAAAGACAUGAAAACCACAGCAGCACAGUCAAGAAUACCUCGGCUCUGUAGCUGCAGCCUUCCAACUAGCAAAAAAAAAAAAAAAAGAA